GCUUUACUUUAGCACGAACCCUCUGCAGAAGUCUAAAUGUGUCGUGAGGAGGGUUUGAAGGCUGGAGAAACGGCGGUGUAGGACCCAGCUUCUGGGACUUUGGGAGCCAGUCCCUAUUGUUCAGAUCCCUCCUCCUGCUUGGGAAGUGGGAGGACCCGUAAAGGCAAAAGGGAGAAUUGUUUGAGAGCUCAGUCAUCCAAAAACGGCCUUUCAAUGUGAGAACUUGGGGAGCCGAAGAAAAUGUCGGUGGCAUCGCAGUAAAUUACCAAAAGCAGCGCAGAGCUUUAGAGGAAAACCAGAAGUAAAAAGAGUUGUUUCUCUUUGGGGACUAAAGCUCAACGCGAGAGAGGAAAAAAGCUGAGAGCAGAAAACGAGCUGAGAGCAGAAAACGAGCUGAGAGCAGAAAACACAGCAGUGUGGGGGGCAGUGUAUGGAAGAUGUCUGGAAAGCGAGACUGGACUCCGUGGAUGAAAAAGAGAAGGGCUCCUGUGUUGUGUGCUCUGGGUGCGGUACUACUGUGCUGCCUGCAGAGCAGCGCCGCUCUCCCUGAUGAGGUGCCAUUGUUCAGUGAAGAGCCCAUGUCCGUGGUGCAAAAGCUUGGAGGCAGCGUGAAUCUGCACUGCAGCGCCCAACCCUCCUCCACCAACAUCAGCUGGCGCCUCAACGGCCAGGAGCUUGUGGACGGACACUUGGGUGUAGUGUUGGGGCCCAACAGCCUGUUGAUCCCCACACUGUCCAACCUGACUGUGGGCAGAUACCAGUGUGUGGCCAGCACCGGCGCAGGAGCCUUGGCUAGUGUGCCCGCUAACGUCACUGCUGCUAAGCUGCGGGAUUUUGAGCCCGAUGACCAGCAGGACAUCGAGGUCGACGAAGGCAACACGGCUGUUAUUGAAUGUCAUCUCCCCGAAAGCCAGCCCAAGGCUCAGGUCCGCUACAGUGUCAAACAGGAGUGGCUGGAAACAUCCAAAGGGAACUACCUCAUCAUGCCGUCAGGGAACUUGCAGAUAGCCAACGCCACGCAGGACGAUGAGGGGCCGUACAAGUGUGCUGCCUACAACCCCAUCACUCAGGAGGUCAAAACAUCCACCUCCACUGACCGCCUGCGUAUACGCCGCUCCACCUCAGAAGCAGCUCGCAUCAUUUACCCGCCGGCGUCUCGUUCCAUCAUGGUGACCAAAGGCCAGCGGCUGGUGUUGGAGUGUGUGGCCAGUGGCAUCCCCACUCCCCAGGUCAGGUGGGCAAAAGACGGGCAGGACCUGCGUUCCCACAACAACACACGCUUCCUGCUCAGCAACCUGCUGAUCGACGCGGUGGGCGAGGCCGACUCGGGCACUUAUAUUUGUCGAGCGGACAACGGAAUGGGCUCGGCCAGCUCUGCAACGGUGCUGUACGACGUACAAGUGUUUGAGCCUCCUCAGGUGACGGUGGAGCUGCAGCAGCAGGAGGUCGUGUACGGGGAGACGGUGCGCUUCACCUGCCAGGCCCGCGGUAAACCCACUCCCUCUGUGAUGUGGCUUCACAACGCCCGUCCCCUCGCACCGUCUCCUCGCCACCGCCUGUCCUCCCGGGUGCUGCGCGUCUCCAACGUGGGCCCUCAGGAUGACGGACUGUACCAAUGCAUGGCUGAGAACGGGGUGGGCAGUUCACAGGCCUCCGCUCGCCUGAUCACAGUGUCAACCGGGAUUUCAUCCAGGGUGAAGCUGCCCUCAAUCUAUCGGCCGCUCAGCCCAGAUAAGGUGCUGAGAGAGCAGCCGCCUGUGAGGCCCGGAGCCUCGGGGGCCAUGUUGCCUCUUGACUGCUCCGAGCUGCCAGGACAUAUUCUGCCCGCUGAGGCUCCCAUCAUCCUCAGCCAGCCACGCACGGGCAAGGCUGACUACUACGAACUCACCUGGAGGCCGCGGCAUGAACGAGGAGUCCCUGUGCUGGAGUAUAUGGUCAAAUACAGAAAGGUGGGAGACGCUCUAGCAGAGUGGACCUCCAGCAGUAUCUCAGGCGCCCUCCACAAGCUGACUCUGGCUAAGCUGCAACCAGACAGCCUGUAUGAGGUGGAGAUGGCUGCCAAAAACUGUGCCGGUUUGGGACAACCUGCUAUGAUGACCUUCAGAACUGGCAAAGGUCGCAGAGGUAUAAAUGGGCAAAUUGACCCACCGAAAACUCCUGCUGUUCCUUCUCCAAGCCUCUCUCCUCCCGAAGCCCCUGACAAGCCCACAGUCUCCACGGCAACGGAAACGUCGGCAUACGUGACUUGGAUUCCUCGUGGUAACCGCGGCUUCCCCAUCCAGUCUUUUCGGGUGGAGUACAAGAAGGUGAAGAAGGCAGGAGAGGACUGGGUGACGGCGGUGGAAAACAUCCCCCCAUCGCGGCUCUCUGUGGAGAUCACAGGCCUGGAGAAAGGUACGUCCUACAAGUUCCGUGUUGUGGCGGUGAAUGUAAUCGGUUCCAGUCCUCCCAGUGCCCCUUCGAAGGCGUACACAGUGGUGGGCGGGAGAACCCAUGAACGCCCUGUUGACGGACCCUACAUCACCUACAAUGAAGCCAUCAAUGAGACUACCGUUAUUCUCAAAUGGACGUACACUCCCGUAAACAACACCCCAAUCUACGGUUUCUACAUCUACUACCGGCCAACAGACAGCGAUAAUGACAGUGACUAUAAGAAGGAUGUGGUGGAGGGAGACCGAUACUGGCAUUCGAUCACUGACCUCCAGCCUGAGACGGCCUACGACAUCAAGAUGCAGAGCUUCAACGAGAAGGGAGAGAGCGAAUUUGGCAACGUGGUGAUCCUUGAAACAAAAGAUUAUCAACUUUUUGUCUCCCCAGCUCGUCCGAAUCACCAUCGGCCUGCUCCAUCAGAGACCCCAGACCACGGGUCGGGACACUCCAGCGGACUCGUGCCUCGGCCCGGCGACCUCCCCUACCUCAUAGUUGGUAUUGUCCUGGGAGCCUUCGUAUUCAUCAUCGUCGCCUUCAUCCCCUUCUGCCUUUGGAGGGCUUGGGCCAAACAGAAGCAAACGGCAGAUUUGUGUUUUCCUGCCGUGGCUGCCCCUGUGUCCUCAUGCCAGUACACCAUGGUUCCCCUCCAGGGACUUGCCCUGGUUGGCCACUGCCCACUGGACAACCACAUGACAGCGCCACAUGGCAUCUACCACGCUAAUGGAGAAUACACCCCGAAUGGCAAACCUCACCACCCCUCACACUGCCUGCCAGGCCUGCAGCAGGAGCAAGUGGACUGUGAUAUGGAGCGUGAUACGUUGUUGCCACAGACGAUGUCAAAUGGACAUCUGCCUGUUUACCACUACUCCACCAGUGGUCCAGAUCAUCAUGAACAGAGUUGCUGUCCUGAUGACUCCACUCUUCAGCUCCUCGACUCCUCCCAUCAGCACCUCGGUUCACAGGAACUGGGAGGCGAUGGCAACUUCUGUGGUGGAGAUAAAUCAGAGGAUGGCUUCACUUACACAGAGCCAGCGUCCUUUACUUUUCUCUCUCUAGAAGACGAAGGGAUUUUCACCACAUCGUCUUCAGCAGCCACAACACCACAGUCCCAAGACAUAACAAUACAGGAAGUGAACAUCCUCCCAAAUGAGGCGUCCCCUGAGGACGGAGGGACAGCCAACACAACAGACGCAUAAGAGACUGUUCAACAAACGGAAGAAAACAAGAGAAAAUAUUUAUUUUUGUAUCACAGAUAUUUAUAUAUUUAUGCUUUUGUACAUACUGAUUUUACUGUAUAUUAGGUUAUUUUCACAUUGAAAAAAGAUUCUUGCUGAACUGUCUGCAUUUCCUGAGGAGGGAAAUAAGUUUUGAGACGUUAUUCCUUGUGUGAAGAAGAUCAGUCAGGGGGAUUCCUCUCAGUUCAGCACUUCAUGUCUCGACCUUCCCUCACUCCUCACGUCAUUCCUGACCGGACAUCCUAAAUGUUUGGACCUUAAGUACUUAGCUUUAUGUUCAACCAACAAAGGGACCAUUCAAACCAAUCUGAUGCUGUAGUUACAAGGUGCUUCGUUGCUGUUUAGUUCUGUUGCUUUAUCACGCUUUCAAAAUACAACCGUCUGUCAUUUUUGUAUAGCAAUAACACAAAUGUAUUAUGCAUUGCUCAUUAACAAAAUAUUAACAAGUGUAUGCAACAUAAAUCAUUCUGUUCCUGUAGUGUACAAGAGAUUAUAUAUUGUAUAGUUAUUUAUUUUUUUGAUUUUAUGUUAUUUUUUUAAAUCACUGAAUGGGAGAGAUUCUGGAAAAAAAAUAUCUUAAACUCAGUCAUUGAUAAGCUGAACUUUAUACUGCAACCACUUCUGUGUUUACUCAUUUGCUGGUUACCAAAUGGCUGCCAGGUGAGGGCGCUGUGACAGGUGUGUCAGUAUUACUCCUCCCUCACAGGUUGGUGCAUUAAGUAUUAGUCUUUGCCAGAGACAUCUGCAAUCAAAAUGAAGGAGAUCCUGAAUCUACACUCCCCCGUAUCAGUGUAGCCGUUCUGUGGUUGCACAUGCUGGAGCACUAUUGCAUGUAAAU